UCACUAAGUAUGUAUUGUCAAUAUUGAAUCUAUUUUGGAAAACUUAAAGAGUAGACCUUGUUCUUAUUUAAUAUUAAACUUUUACAAUCUUAUCACCUGCCUUCUUGAACAAAAGAUGACCAUGACUCGAAGAUAUGUAUAAGAUUAUACACAACAAAAGAAAUAUAACAAUAACAGACAGUUACAUAAACAACGUUAUAAAAUCAUAUCAUAUGUCAAUUAAUAAUUUUGCAGAAUAUCUGUCCUACAAGAAACAUACAAUUCAAAAAUUGGCGGCAAGUGGUACUCAAAAAUACGUUGAUGCUCAAGAAGUAGUUUAUAUUCGUUAUAGUAGAAAUCAGAUAUUAAGCAAAAUGACCGCUCAAGGAUCACCGGCUAAAAUGAAAGAAUUACGUUUACCUAUGUCAAGAGUGAAAACAAUUAUGAAGAGCUCUCCUUACGUUGAUACCAUUGGACAGGAUGGAUUGUAUUUAGUCACAAAAGCUACGGAACUAUUUAUACAUUAUUUAACAGAAGAAGCACAUUUACAAAAUAAUAAAGGAAAUUCUCUGGAUUACAAACAUUUGGCAGAAGUGGUACAAACAAAUGACACAUUGGAGUUCUUAAGGGAAAUAAUGCCUAGAAAAAUAACGGUUAGACAAUUUAAAGAAAUGAUGGCUGCUAAAAAUUCUCACAGCAGUUCAGAAAGUAGUUCAGAUUCAGACAGUGACAGUGAAUCAGACACAGAUUCCUGUACUGAUAGUGAUGAUAGGAAAGCAGAUGACAAUCUAUCGAAUAGUGACCAUGGAAGUGAAACAAAGGAAAAUGGUAAAUGUGAUUCGGUCAGUGAUAAAAGCGAAAUUAGUGGAAAAAGUGACAGUGAAGACGAAAGUAAAAGAUAAGAACACAGGCAUUUAUUUUCAUAAAUUUUCUUGCAAAACAGAUAUUCUGAUCCAUUUCAGAAUAAUUUGAACUUGAUAGGGAAUAAUACAAUUACGCACAUAUUUGAUAGUUUAAAAUAAUAAUUUUAAAAAUUAAUUAAUAUUAUUGUAUGAAUUCAUUCAUAUUUAGUCUUAUAUUAGGAACAGCAUCUUCAUUCACAUUAGAAUUUUUUGUUCAUAGAACUGCAUACUUUAUAGAUACAAUAUAGAUAGAUUUUAAGAUUUUAUACAAAAAA